CAUAACUGGCCUUAUUUUAUCCGGUGCAAUUACCAACACCAAUUAAAGAAGGCAGUAACCAGGUACUACUGUGACACUAUUCUAGAGUGAGAAGUAAAGUGAGGGUGAGAGACAAUGGGAAGAUCGGGUGCAUCGUCAUGCUUCAAGAUCAUCACCUGCGGCAGUGAUUCCGUCGACCGCGACGAUAUCCAAGCAACCGAUCGUGAUGAUUCAAGUGAUAGAUGGGGAUGGAGUUUCCGGAAGAAAUCUGCUAGACAUCAAGUUCUGAACAACACUGUUAUCUCAGGAGCACCCUCUUUGAACAAAGCAAGCUCGGCAUCUGCCACUGUCAGCUUCCAGUCACAACCUAACUUGACUUCUCCAGAAAAAACUUCUUUAAUUCAAUUGACAGAUGAGAAAAUUGAGUUGCCAGCUCAAGUGAGCUCAAAACUAUUGGACACCAUAACUGUCAGAGAAGAUAACCCUGCUGUCAAAGGGAGCCCAGAGGAGUCCAUUGUUAUUGCUAUCCAGGCUGCUAUUAGGGGAUUUCUUGCUCAGAAACUACUACUCAAGCACAAGAACAUAAUUAAGUUACAAGCUGCUGUACGAGGACAUAUAGUUCGGCAACAUGCUGUGGGAACUCUUCGGUGUGUCCAAGCCAUUAUAAAGAUGCAGAUUCUUGUUCGAGCACGUCGUGCUUGUCAGCUUGUAGAAGGAUCUUUAGAGAAGGAAAAGAAUAACCAUGGGAAUGAUGGUCACAUUCCAACACUAUUGGUAGUGGCAUUCCAUUUUAUUAUCUCGAUAAUUUUCAGCAUCCUCCCAUGACAAUGAAAACGUUAAUUAAUAUUAUCUCUCAUGUCUAUUUAAUGAUUGCUUCUUCAUGUGGAGCAGGACCAACAAUUUAUUAUUGUUCACAGAUUAGCUUUUCUUGUGCUCGCAGAUGGCUUUUUUUU